UGUCAUCAUCGAUCGAAAAAAGUAGGAAAACAGAGAGGAAUCGUCGCGGAAUUUACGGUUGUGUUUAAUUUCAAUGGAAACCCUAGCAGCUGUGCAUAUUCUGGUCGAUUACAAGUAAACAUUCGUCGGUGGACAGUGAAAUGUGAUAGAGCUACCUAUUCCAAAAAGAGGGACAAACCAGACAGCGAUACAAACAGAAUAAAAUUUCAUCUGCAGCUUUGUUUUACAGAAAUUAAAUUAUAUUACACAAUAUGCUUAAGUGCUUCUGAAAAACAUAAUAAUUUUGAGCAUAUACUGAAACUAGAGUUGGAAAUCAUGCUUUGCUACGAAGGUAGACUGAGUUUGUACUGCUUCACGGGUGCAGUUUUCAAUCUGGUGCUGAUGUGGAUAUACUUUGAUCUGGGAUUUUUUUCGGAAUCAAUCGGAUUCUGGAGUCGUGCUGCUUUACUGGCCAUCUACUAUUUGCUGUUGAAUGCUAUUAUACGACUUAAGUUUUCUAACAAAGAUUAUCAGGUAGCAGUUCGUGCCACAUUCCUUGGUGCAGUGUUUACACUGGGAAUUAUCAUCUUCCAGAAUUGUGAUGAGCAGUAUAAAUCGUUCGGUAUCUAUAGUUCAUUGAUGGCAUUAUUUCACUACUCCGAAUACCUGGGAAUAGCGUUUUGUAAUCCGAAAACACUGUCACCGGAUUCGUUCAUCCUGAACCAUUCGAUUCAUUACGCGCUAGCCGCCACGGCCAGUUGGGUGGAAUAUUUUGUCGAAGUUCAUUACUUUCCAGAAAUGAAGACUCAUAAAAUUCUAUGGUUGAUUGGACUCGUCCUUUGUUUGGGUGGUGAAGCUCUCCGGAAACUUGCCAUGAUUACGGCUAGCAAAAAUUUUAGCCACAUUGUUCAAUUCGAACGACACCAAGAACACGAACUAGUCACAGUCGGAGUGUACAGCCUUAUGAGGCAUCCUUCCUAUGUUGGUUGGUUCUGGUGGUCCAUUGGAACGCAGGUUAUUCUCGACAAUCCAGUGUGCUUCGUGAUCUACACAAUCGCCAGCUGGAAGUUCUUUCAUGAUCGAAUAUUCAUGGAAGAAAUCACAUUGCUGAACUUUUUCGGCGAAGAUUAUCACAAAUACCAACAGAAAGUACCGACCGGAUUGCCAUUCAUUCGGGGAUUUAAGGUGGAGCUGUGAUAUUUCGAACGGGAUCAUCCCCAGGACGAACUUUACGAUGAUGAAGAUGAUGAUGACGAAGACAGUAAUUAUAGUGAAAGCGCUGACAACUUUCAGAACACAGAACGAAGGGACAGUUUCGACGUUGCAUCCAAUCAACGAUUGGACGAAAUAAUUCAUUCAAGUUGGAAUAGCAGAAGGGACACGGACACUAGGAUCAAACUUGAAGAUAACGACCUCUGGAGAGAGCAUAGUCUGGACAGGGAUGAUCGCGGUAAUACAACGAGCAGCUUUUACCAUGGUCGCAAUCGGCCUUAUUCAGGGAGUUACGACAACGUGUACGACGAGUCAACCAUAGUCUAAAAGUGAUAAAAAAAUGUGCUACGGAUGUCCGGAGUUUGAGCGGCGAAUGGGUGAAGUUUUAUGAGCUUGUUCUUUUCUAUAUUCAGUCUGUUUUGUUGUUGCGAUGGACAUCCCUUCUAUUGAGAAUGCACAUUACAAAGUCGUCUUCUAAUGUAAAACAUUCAGUCAUUAAUAGUUAUAAAUAAUAGUUGUAAAUAACAUGCGAUAGAACAAUAAAGUUGAAGUUUAUUACUGAUA